AUGAAUAAUGAAUUAGUAAAAUUUGGUCUUAUUUUACAAAGCUUGGCCAUGAGACCACUUAUAAACAAGAAAGAGCUCAAUGAUGAAAAUGAAGAUAAUGAAUUAUCAGAAGUGGAAGGGAAUUUAAAUAAUGAGAUUAGGGAAGGUGAUGAAGAAAGUGAUAAUGGAUCAAAUGAGUCAGAUACCAUAAUUGAAUUAUAUGAGUUAGAUGGAUAUGAAAAUGAUUAA